CAGUAGCUUCAUUCGCAGCCGAACCAUCGACAUCAGCAUGCAGACGCAGUGUAUCCUCCUUCUCUUGGCCGCCAGUCUGGCCAUAUGUGUGGCGCGUCCGGAACCACCUAGAUCGCGUUACGGACCGCCGCCACCGCCGGCUCCCCAAAAGGAAUACGGUCCUCCGGCCCCGGCAGCACAGCCUCUACCCGUUUACGGACCACCAGCCGCCUUCUACGGACCACCAGCCGCCUCGGAGGCGCUCGUGACCAAGAACGUGUACGUGCAUGUGCCGCCAGAGGAGCCAGAGUUCUAUCCGGCCUCGUCGCCCAUCCAGACGGCCGUUCCCAAGAAGCACUACAAGAUCAUCUUCAUCAAGGCGCCCAACCCUCCGACCCCUGUGCGCCAGGUGCUCCCUCCUCCGGUCCAGGAUGAGCACAAGACCCUUGUGUAUGUUCUGGUCAAGAAGCCCGAGGAGCAGCAGCCCGUCAUCCUGCCCGCUCCAGAGCCCACAGAGCCCAGCAAGCCAGAGGUCUACUUCAUCAAGUAUAAGCAGCAGCAGGCCAAGCCGGCCACCCAGUACGGCCCACCACCGUCCGCCCCAUCCGAGGAGUACGGAGCACCACCUGCCCCCCGCACCGUCGAGCAGUUCUAGUUUGUAGUGUCGUCUAGGUCUACAGCCCAUGAAUGUAAAUAUUAUUUAUGAUCGCUGCCAUUAAAGAGAGUUUAGAGAAAGC